UUCUAUUUAUAUCUUAUGUUGUCACUUGGAUUCAUCCAUCACUCCACACACUUAACACUCUUAACUUCACUUUCUCCCAACUCCUUUGGAGUUGCCUUUGUUUUCUUCUACUGUUACUCUUUCUCUUUUUAGCUAAAAAAAAAUGGGUUCAAACCACUCUUAUUGUUUCCUCCUCAUCGCCCUCCUUGUGUUUGCUACCACAGAUGGGGUAUAUGUUGCACCACUACCAGGUUCAGCAACACCAACACCAGCUGCUGCCCCGAAGGCGUCCCCACCAGUAACGGUAAUUGCCCCAUACCCAUCUACAGCGCCUUCUCCAAAGGCACCUGUGGUAGCUCCAUACCCACCUAAGACGCCCAUCAUUUCACCGCCAAAGGCACCUGUGGUUGCUCCAUACCCACCUAAGGCACCCAUCGUUGCACCGCCAAAGGCUCCAGUGGUUGCACCACCAAAGGCACCCAUUGUUGCACCACCAAAGACACCCGUCGUUGCACCACCAAAGGCACCAGUGGUUGCACCACCUAAGACACCCAUUGUUGCACCACCAAAGACACCAGUUGUUGCUCCAUACCCACCUAAGGCACCCAUUGUUGCACCACCUAAGGCACCCGUCGUUGCUCCUUACCCUCCUAAGGCACCCCUCGUUGCACCAAACCCGCCUAAGGCACCCGUGGUUGCUCCAUACCCACCAAAGGCACCCGUCGUUGCUCCUACUCCCCCACUUGUCAAGCCACCUUCCCCUGCACCUUACUACGGCAGUCUACCACCAGUUAAAAAAGAAGAUUGUGUACCCUUGUGCGAGAAAAGGUGUUCAUUGCACUCGAGGAAGCGGCUAUGUGUGAGGGCUUGCUCGACUUGUUGUUCAAGAUGCAAAUGCGUGCCACCGGGCACAUACGGCAACAAAGAACAAUGUGGUAGGUGUUACACAGAUAUGACCACCCAUGGAGGCAAGCCUAAGUGCCCUUGAAUGAAAAGGCCAGUCGAUGUUACAUCCUCUCUUAAUAGUUGUGUCAUAUCAUAUUAUAUAUAGUAUUAUAAGACAUAAGUAUUAUAUAGUAGUAAUCUAGAAGGUUUAAAUAAUUUAAUAUUAGCAUGAUUUUCAAGGCAUAAUUGUGGUUUGGAUUUUAUUUUGCUCUUACGAUGUAAUAGCAGUAUGGUCCAUCUUUACUGUAAAAGAUGUGCUAGGAAAUUAUUCUUGUAUGUCGGCUGUGUCUUGUGUGACUUUAGAUUCGCAUUCCGAUGAAAAUUAUUAGUUUUAUUAUUCAAGAUGAUAGAUUAAUAUUACUUCCUCUA